GUGAGCCGUCCGGUGGGAGGUCUCGGGCGAGCUGACUGCGCCUAUAUGUGCGCGUGUCAGAGGGAUUUUCCAUUCGUUCUAGACCGUCUGUGCCAGCGACUCUGACAGCUCGCAUUUCGCAGGCACCUGCCCCGGCUUACUGGUUGCUUCCUUUUUGCUUAGACGUCUGCAUAGUUUCUUCUUCAAUCAUGGAGCAUUAUCACAAGCCCGAUCAGCAGACUCUGCAGACGCUGAAAGACAUCGCCACCCGUCUGCGCAUCAAUUCCAUCAAAGCAACCACGGCAGCGGGCUCGGGCCACCCAACUUCAUGCUGCAGUAUGGCAGAGAUCAUGUCUGUAGUUUUCUUCCACACCAUGAAGUAUAAGACUCUGGAGCCCCGGCACCCGUGUAAUGACCGCUUUGUGCUGUCUAAGGGUCACGCUGCACCCAUCUUGUAUGCUGUUUGGGCAGAAGCUGGAUUCCUGAAGGAGAGUGAGCUGCUGAAUUUGAGAAAGCUUGACUCAAUUCUGGAAGGUCACCCUGUUCCGAGGCAGCAGUUUGUCGAUGUUGCCACUGGCUCUUUGGGUCAGGGCUUGGGAGCGGCUUGUGGCAUGGCCUACACUGGGAAGUACUUUGACAAGGCCAGCUACCGUGUUUACUGUCUGCUGGGUGAUGGCGAGCUGUCAGAGGGCUCUGUGUGGGAGGCCAUGGCUUUUGCUUCCCAUUACAAUCUGGACAACCUAGUGGCCAUCUUUGACAUCAAUCGCCUUGGUCAGAGUGACCCAACUCCACUACAGCAUCAGGUGGACAAAUACCAAAAACGUUGUGAAGCCUUUGGUUGGAAUGCCAUUGUCGUAGAUGGUCACAGCAUAGAGGAGCUCUGUAAGGCCUUGAGUCAAGCAAAGCAGCAGCCUACAGUCAUCAUUGCUAAGACGUUCAAAGGAAAGGGCAUCCCAGAUGCUGAAGAUAAACUUAGCUGGCAUGGCAAGCCCCUUCCCAAAGAGAUGGCUGACCGCAUCACUAAGGAUUUUGAAAAACAGAUCCAUAGUAGCAACAAGAAGCUUUGCCCUCUUGCACCAGAGGAGGAUGCACCAGCGGUCAAUAUUAAAAAUAUCAAGAUGCCCAGUGCUCCUGAUUACAAAUUGGGAGAAAAGGUGGCUACUCGUAAAGCCUACGGAAUUGCUCUGAAGAAGCUGGGUCAUGCCAAUAACAGAGUGGUAGCCAUGGAUGGAGACACCAAAAACUCAACCUUCUCAGAAAUGUUCAAGAAGGAGCAUCCUAAUCGCUUUGUGGAGUGCUACAUUGCGGAGCAGAAUAUGGUGAGCAUUGCUGUGGGCUGUGCCACAAGGGACCGCACAGUGGCCUUUGCCAGCACAUUUGCUGCCUUCUUCACCCGAGCAUAUGACCAGAUCCGCAUGGCAGCGAUCUCUGAGAGCAACAUUAACUUGGUGGGCUCCCACUGUGGCAUCUCCAUUGGUGAGGAUGGCCCAUCACAGAUGGCUCUUGAGGACUUGGCAAUUUUCCGUGCCAUCCCCACAGCCACUGUUUUCUACCCUAGCGAUGGAGUGUCAACUGAGAAGGCUGUGGAGCUGGCUGCCAACACAAAGGGCAUUUGCUUCAUAAGGACCAGUCGCCCUGACAAUGCCAUCAUUUACAAAAACAGUGAGGAGUUCCAGAUUGGACAUGCCAAGGUGGUGCAGCAGAGCAAGAAUGACCAAGUUACUGUGAUUGGGGCCGGAGUAACCCUGCAUGAGGCAAAGGCCGCUGCAGAACAGCUUAAAACAGAAAAUAUUUUCAUCCGUGUGAUUGACCCAUUUACUAUUAAGCCCUUGGAUGCAGACAAAAUCAUGGAGAGCGCCAAGGCGACCAAGGGGCGCAUCAUUACCGUUGAGGACCAUUACUAUGAAGGUGGACUUGGGGAGGCAGUGUUGUCUGCAGUGGCAAAGGAGUCUGGCAUUACGGUGCAUCCUAUGGCGGUGUCUGGCGUCCCCCGGAGUGGCAAGCCUGCAGAGCUGCUGAAGAUGUUUCAGAUAGACAAGGAUGCCAUUAUGAAGAAAGUGAAAGAAGUGAUAAGCAUCACUGAGAAUGCCAUUUAACCACCAUUAGGAAGUAGCACUGAUGUACCUGUAAGUUUUUUUUUUUUUUAAUAAAGGCUUUGCUGCCAUCAAUAAGG